CCCCUCUCCGCCGCCGCCAUGCUAAACAUCUUCCGCUCCAUCCCCACGCAGAUGGACUACAAGGGCCAAAAAUUAGCAGAACAGAUUUUUCAAGGAAUCAUUCUUGUCUCUGCAAUAAUUGGUUUCAUCUAUGGAUACAUCACUGAACAGUUUGGAUGGACUGUCUACAUAGUUAUGGCUGGAUUUGCUUUAUCAUGUUUGCUAACGCUCCCUCCGUGGCCUAUGUACCGUCGCAAUCCUCUGAAGUGGCUACCUGUCCAAGAGUCGGGAACAGAAGAAAAGAAGCCAGCAGACAGAAAGCCAAAGAGACAUGCUAAAAGCUAA